AUGAGCCGCCUAUACGGCGGCGUCUUCUCGCGCGGUUUCCUGAACGAGAUGGAGCCUAUAAUCAUCGACUAUAUUAACCGCUUCGUCAACUACGUCCGCUCUAAGACGGCCGACAGCGGCACUAUGGACCUAACCCUCAGCUACAGCUCCAUAACUUUGGAGGAGCCCCACAAGUUCAUCUGCAAACUUAACGAAUCUUUGGGCUUCACUAGUUUUAUGGAGGCGGUCAAGCGCUUCCCGCCUCUGGGGCCUAUCGGCUGCAUCCUCUUCCAGAGCUAA